UAGCUCAACAACACUCAACUAUCUACUAGCCUUGUACGCUGUAGUCAUCAACCUCCAUAUUCUCUUGUUCAAGAUCAUAUCUUUGGUAAACUGCAUGUACGACAUAUCUUAUCAAAUCAUCUCUUUUAAUAUAUUUUUUUGCCGACCUAUGUUACAAAAGAUACCAGAUAAGAGCCUCUAUUUCAUCUCUUCGCUCCAAUACAACACGUAAAAUAAUCGUCAGCCCCUCAAUUUUCUUAAAUUAUGAUAAAUUUUAAAAGUUUAUCUUCAAAGAUCUGUUUGAUCAUAAAUUUUGAAAAAUUUAUUUUUAACAAAUUUUUUGCUCUCGAAACUUUCAACUAUUUUGAAAUGACUUAUGUAUCAUAUUCACUUUCAACUCCGCCUCGUGAAUUACUUCACUUAAACUUCAACACAGCACCCAAACACGACCUUAAAUACAAUUCCCCUAAACCCCCGUCAACUCACUCUUAACAUUGAACCCACGUUUACUUCCUUUUUUUCUCCAAAAAAAAAAAUAAAAAUGCUUACUCAUUGCACAAAAUCCUCUUUCCCGCCGGCGAACACCUACCUACCAACUCCGCGGCGGUGUACGGCGGCGCAAUUUCAUUUCUCCGUUAACACUUUUUCUCCUAUUACUACUACUAGAUCAUCAUCAUUCAAACUACAAGUCAAAGCUAGCACCGGUGACGGCGGCGUCGGUAAGAAUGCUGCUUCAUCGUCGAAUACUAACUAUGUUGUUCCGUUAGAUAAGUCGGCGUCAUCGUGUAUUACUCGGCCGUUGGCGGAGAUCUUACGUGACUUGAAUAAGAGAAUUCCGGAUAAUAUUAUUAAACCGGAGAACGGUCAUGAUCAUUCUACCUUUAUCACCUGGUACCAUGCUAACCGGAUGUUGAGCUUCUAUGCUCCAGGUUGGUGUGGGGAAGUACGAGAUGUCAUUUUCUCAGAUAAUGGAAGUGUGACAGUUGUUUAUCGUGUCACUAUACGCGGAUCAGAUGGAGAGGCACACCGCGAAUCAACUGGAACAGUAUCACCAGGCAAUGGCCACAACACAGAUCUGGUUGCAGCUGCUGAGGAGAUAGCAUUUUGCAGAGCAUGCGCUCGUUUUGGGCUUGGCUUAUAUCUGUACCAUUAAGAAUAGUCGAAUAGACACUACAAACUGGACAGUUUUGAAAAUGCUGUUGAAGAUCCUUGUACUCCACAGAGCAAGCAAAAAUGAUGAAAUAUUUAUUUUGCGGGACGAUGUAAAAAAUAUUAUUCAUGAGGAUUGUUAGUUAUGCACUGUGAAAGUACUAAGUUAUGGUCAUGGCGAAUGAGGCCUCAAAAUAUAAAAAAUAGGAAAAGUGGAAUUAGAUAUCAUAUAUCAUCUGUAGCUUUAUGUAUUACUUAUUUUGCCCCUGUUCUACAGGACUGUAUCGUAUGUACUUGUUAGAUUGUAAUGCCUCAGUAAUUGGAAUCAUAUUAUUUCCAGAAA